AUGCUCCUGAUGAGAUCCUCCUCGCCCGCUGCGACCGUGCAGGCAACUCAUCAGCGUGUGCAGAGCGCACAGGAGCGGCAUGUACGUAGGGAGUACGCCUCUGACGUGAACACGCCGCGAGCUCUGUCUGUGCGCAGCAGCAGAGGCGGCUCAUUUGCCUUUGCGCCACAGGUGCAGGAAAAGUAUAACACCAUGAACAUUCUCGUGCUAGGCGCACCGCAGGUGGGCAAGUCGCUCUUUAUCAACUCGUAUCGGGCUGCCAUCACGAACACAACGCGGUGGCCGGCCGCCCCGGUGGGCAUCUCUGGCUUCUACGGCACCACCACGGUGGCGCCGUUUCCAAAUCAUGCGCGGCAGCCGACGUGGCUUUGCAUCGAUACACCGGGUAGCCUUUACACCGAGAAGCACGCGGUUCUCCUGGAGAAGCUGACGGAGGGAAUGCCCUGGAAAACGAAAUUGAAGGGCCCCAAUGCUCUCACGCUCCGCCAAAUUAAAGACAUCUCCCCUAUCGCUGCCAACAAGGCGCAUCAGUGCAUUAUCGUUGUACCCGCCACAGACCUGAUCGAGGACGAUGGAUUGAUCAACACCUUGCUGUGGCGCAAUCGAUACCGCCCUGCUGGCGGCGUUGCCGACAUCAUCUUCUACCUCAAAGGCCUCAUUUCAUCGCUGCGCACCCUCAUGGAUGAUGCAUCGCCGUUUGUUGUUGUAACCAAGAUGGAUAAAGUUGGCGGGGCGCGUAACAGUAGCGCGUGCGCUGCUCUGGUUUCCAUUCUCGGCCAGUGCGUGCCCGUGAAUCACGUCUACUUUACGGCAGCCGUCGAGAAUCGAGCGCUCCUCGCAACGGGGCGUACCAUGGUGCUGGAAAGCAGCACCAAACAGAAUCUGGUGCGGCUGCACGAGGACAUCUGCCUCGCCGUGCAGUGGCGCAAUCAAGUGGAUGCCAUGUAG